UCUUCCCUAAAGUGUUUCUAAUUGUUGGACGUUGAAGCAAACCCAUAGAACCAAAAGCAGCAGCGAAACUGAGAGAUGGUGGAGUUGAAAGCAAAGUGGUUGAAGAAAGCAGUGAUUCCUUCCACUGUUAUAGAGCAUCCUUCCCCUGGCAAUCUCCAGUCUACUCGUCUUGCCCUUCAUGUGAAUGAUGAUAACAAUUCUUCUUGUUGGGUCUAUGUAGCUUCUGGUUGCCAAAUUUACAGACUUCUUAUUCCAAUGAAAAGUUCACUGAUCAACCUAGGAAAGGGGGACCUCCUAAUUCCUGAACAAUGUGAGGUUCUAGAGGCCUCAGUGGUCAAUUGCUGCCCCCAUCGGUCAGAAAUCCAAAGCAUAGCGCUAGCUGAAACUGAAGGCACUGGUUGCUUAACACUGGGAAGCGUGGAUUCUUAUGGUCACCUUAUUGUCUCAAGAUUAGAUGCCAGUGGUAAAGAUGUCAACAGGCUUACAUAUUCUGUCUCUCCUCGAGAUUGUGGUGUUGGAGAAGGUAGCUGGGCAGGCCUUUGCUUCAACCCUACUCAAUGGUCCAUGGCAACUGUGGCUCACAGUUUCUCCAAAACCGUAGAUGUUUAUGACCAAGAUAUUCAUCUCCGCACUUUACGUACAUUGUCGUAUCCAUCAUCACUUAUGUUCAUGCAAAGUUUUUCUGGAGGGGGUGAAAGUUCCAUAUUAGCAAUUGCAGAAGGUUGCCAGCUGUCAAUAUGGGACUUGAGAAUGAAAGAAAAAGGUGGUUGCGUGCGUCGAAUCUGUGGAUCCGUAGGAGAUAUCUUGUAUGCAGUCUGUAAUUCUUCAAAAGGUACUAUUGCAACUGGUGGAGCUGAUCGCACUGUGACCGUUUAUGAUCCUCGAAGGUGGUCGGCCAUCUCAAGAUGGCUAAACUGCUCUAAAUAUGAGAUAACUGGACUUGCUUUCUCUUCCAUUGAUCCUGAAUACGUCUAUGUGCAAGGAGUUGACUACGAGGUCCUUUGUGGACGAUGGCGAGAAAGCAAGAAAAUAUUUUCAUACCGAGGAGAUUCUAAUUGGCUUGGAUUUAGCAAGUGUUCAGACAGAGAUGUCUUAGGGGGUUGGUGCGACUCAGGUAGUAUAUUCGUGGCUGAUAUCCAUGCAGUAAAUUGAGUGAACGGAUUACACCUGCCAAGUGACAUAGAUGUCUCUGCUGAAACAACCUUCUGAAUGAAUGUGUUUAUAGUCUUCAUGCACUUUCUACCCUCGGCUCGUAUCACCAGUUUCACUUAGAUCAAGGCUUGAUCAGCUCAAAGGAAAUGUUAGUUGCACGAGUCCUGCAUCACUCGAGUCGAUCAGUUAACAGCAUCAACCAUCUUACUAAGAGCCAGUUCGCUUCCCAGUUACAUUGUAAGGGUUUUUUCGAGUAACAUGUUAGCAAAGAGCAUAACAACUAUACUUAAUGUAUUCCAGCAUCUGAAGGGGACAAAUGUUUUCCUUCCUGUAUGUUGUUGUGCAUGUUAUUGUAUUUAUUGAAAAAACGAAAUCCUUUUCAUUUUUA